UUACAUUCCACUUCGAGUGGUUUAGGUUGCUGAAUGGUAGCUGGUGGUCCCUCUCACAGUGUGGUCUAUUUUCCAGCAACAAUCUGCUAAAGAACACAACAGGGGAAAAAAUCGGCGUUUAGGUCGGCACCACCCGAUCGGCACGUAGUAACACAGAAUGCGAUCCAGGAAUUCGGCUCUCCUACUGCUGGCGGUGUGCACCGCACUGCAGCACUACACCACGCUCCGCGGAUCGGCCAGCGCCACACUAACCGGUCCACCCGUCCGCAACCGCAUCAGCCGGGAGCGGGGCAACAUACUGAAAAACAUCACCGGCACGCAGGAGUACGAGAACCACAUCGUUACCAGCCGGCUGGAUGCAUCCGAACCGGUGCGCAUGAUGUACCGUGGCAUUCGCGAGGUGUACAAUCGAUUGCUCGGCCCGACGGGAAUGCGGGACGAAGGUGUGUCACUGCAGGCGCGCGUACCACCGAACGUUCCGUUUCCUUGCGACGUGCGGGGAUACAGAAGCGCGACGCCGCCGACCAGCGUGCAUCGGUUGCGGCCGGGCGACUUCGAUGUGGUGGCGGCCCUCGGGGACUCGCUCACCAGCGCGACGGGGGCCAACUCGCGCCAGUUCUGGGAGCUGCUGAUCGACAACCGGGGCCUGUCGUGGUGCAUUGGCGGUCAGGGCACGUGGAGAACGCAUCUGACACUGCCCAACAUACUGAAAGAGUUCAAUCCGCGGCUGUUUGGGUACUCAUUUGCCGACUCAUACAAUGUGCAUCUGCCGUCACAGUUUAACGUGGCGGAGAUUAUAGCGACAACGAGCGAUAUGCCCUACAAUGCGGCAUCAUUGGUGGAGCGUAUGAAAGCUGAUCCACGUGUCAAUUGGCAUAAGCACUGGAAGCUUCUGACGCUCAUGAUUGGAGGCAACGACUUCUGCUCGGACGUGUGCUAUCAGACGAACGCUACCGAAUGGAUCAACCGCGAUCAAGAGAAGUAUCUCUUAACGACCCUGUACUACCUCAAAAAAGUGAUGCCAAGAACUUUGGUGAACCUGGUACCAUCGCCGUUAAUAAAUCUAUCGUUCUCGAUCGACAAAGUGCAAGCGCCGCUAACCUGUCAGUUUGUGCGCCCCAUCGAGUGCUCCUGUCUGUACGGUCCGAAGUACUCCGGCAAUCGGAAUCUCUACCGGCAGCUUGAGCGACGCUUCGUGAAGAUAAUGGAGCGGGUAAGCCAUCGGCCCGAGUUCCACAGUGAUGACUUUACGGUCGUCUAUCAACCAUUCUACCGAGACGCAAGCAUCUUCCAUCGGAGGGACGGCAAGCCGGAUCUUUCCAUCAUGGCCAUCGAUUGUGUGCAUCUCAGCCAGAAGGGCCACGCCGUUUCGGCGAACGGACUGUGGAACAACAUGCUGGAGCCCACGCGCCACAAAACCACCGUACUGAAACAACUGUUUGAAGAGUUCAGAUGUCCAACCCCGGAGAGCCCGUACAUUAAGACGUACUACAAUAGCUGAUAAUAAAAUGUUCGAAGACUGGUUGAUUGUUUCACUUUUAAGUAACUCUUGUUUUAUUAUAAAACAUCGAUCGCGAUGCACUCUGUACACAAUGUA